AUGCCCUCACACCCAGCUCCCCCUGCUUCAUCCACCGGUCGCUCUCCACCUUUUCGCAACUGGAUCCCCGGCCAGUGCGGCUACUGGUACCUCCGCAAAGGUAGGAGAAGACGCGAGAAGGCUGGCACGCCUGAGCCUCCAGAGGACAACAGCUUCUGGGUUAAAAGCGGCGGCAAUUGGGAGACAGACAUUUAUACUCCGAACCAGCGAAGGCGCCUUCAAAACUCCAGUAACAAGGAGAAAACCGUCAAGGAGGUACUAGGCAUAGACCCCAAACUCUCGUCCCUCGACCUGCUGGUCAAUUUCUUCCAGGAGGACGACGUACAUGUCCAAAUGUUCCUGCCUAACCAUGCAGGUGUCACGCAUGAAACUCUUUCAUCAAUCAUUCGCCAUUGGUUGUACAGCCACAAGGGCCCAACAAAACGAUCAAGGAAAAGUAUUCUGAAGGAGCUGGGCGUGAUCAGGAGAAAUCUUGAGUCAGCAGGGGGACUCUUCGGCUCGGGCGCUGGCUAUGAUCGUGAGGUGCAAUUCAUGAAGGAUAACAAGCUUUGUACCAAGUAUAUAAAGGACAUCUCCGACGCUGAAGCUACCGCGGAAGAGAUCUGCCCCCACUUCAAGGACUGGGAUGUAAUCCUCCGAGACGUCAGACCUCUGGAUGCGACUCUGCGCAACCAAUCUCAAAGAAAUCAGAAUGUUAUGCAGGAACAUUUGGACAUGUACGUCGUCCUCCUGGAAGAAAUUAACCAGCAGGUCGAGGGACGAAAGUUUGGGGUCUAUGCCUAGUACCUCCUUGACGGGUUUCUCCUUGUUACUGGAGUUUUGAAAGCGCCUUCGCUGGUUCGGAGUAUAAAUGUCUGUCUCCCAAUUUGUUGUGGAAGUUAAUUAGGACGAAUAGAUGCAUGUUGGAGCAAGGUUGACUAGGAAGAAGUAGGAAAUUACGUAUCUCGGGUCACCCAAAGCAUGCAUCGGGCAGUCCUCCGGGCUGGACCGAUUUCGUAUGAUAAUAAUGUUGAG